UAGUAAUCCUCAUUUUAGAUGGAACUAUCGCGCAAUUGGACAUGGAGUUGUGUAAUAUCCUAAGCAAAGCCCAGUGCGAAAAAGUCUUGGAAAAAUACACAGGAAACAGGGAAUUUAGCAUAAAGCGUUAUUGGAUCAAUCCACUACAGUCUCAACUCGAUGGGCUCAUGUGUGAGCAGUACUUCUUGAAGAUACACUACCAAGUCAGAGAUGAAGACAAAACUGUUCAGUUCUUCUUCAAAGUACUCAAUGAGGCAAAUCCGGUCAUGUAUGAAAUAACAAGGAACAUCUACGCUUUCGAAAAGGAAUCUUUUUAUUACGAAACGGUGGUUCCCUUGCUGAAGUCCAAAGGACUUAGUUGUAGUUACGUGCCGAAAAGUUACUUCAGUGAACCUUUUGUUAUUGUUUUGGAAGACGUCGCGCAACGUUCUUUCAAGUGUACUCCGAAGAACAAGCCAUUGGACUUGGAGCAUUGCAAAAAGUGUUUAGAAACUUUAGCAAAAUUCCACGCCGAACCAAUUCUUUACGAACUAGUUACAAGUGACGAGUUAGGAAAGAUUUACAGUUUUAAUGACGAGUUCAGUGAGAUCCUAGAAGACAAAGUGUUUUCAGCAGAAGAAAACGGCGCCACCAGGUUCAUGAAAUGUUCCAUAAAAGGACUCUUCUUCCUUAUAGAUCUAAUCCCCGAGAAUGGUAUCAGUAAAACUGAUUUUAAGACUGCUCUUCAAGCCGUUUUAGACGCCAUAAUGGCUUCACAAGAAAAUUCAACAGGGUUCAGAUCCAGUCUACUCCAUGGCGACUUGUGGUCUAACAACUUCCUUUUCCGGUACGAGAACAACGAAAUUGCUGAUUGCGCCUUGGUCGAUUUCCAAACCUUAAAGUACGGACCUCCUUCGUUGGAUGUCCUCCAGUUUGUCCUUACCAAUACGAGGAAAAGUUUUCGGGAGCAACACCAGGUUGAGUUACUAAAGCAUUACUACCGGUGUUUUAGCUCUUUGCUGAUGGCGCGCGGUUUCCAACCCGAGAAAGUUCUAAGUGAAACUGAGUUUUAUAAAUCUUGCAAAGCUUUCACGGUGCCGGCUAAAAUUCAUUCCGUAGUGGAUAGGUGUAUAACCUUUUUGUCAGACGAUGAUCACCAGGACGCGGCUAAGAGUGAAGAGACUUUCGCAAAUUAUUUAUUUGAAGAUAGAGGAAGGUACAUUGUUAGAGGGUUCGAAGCGAACGAAGCUUACAGGGAGCUGAUGAUAGAGGACGUUACAGAGUUGAGAGACAUGAUUUUUGCUACGUGAUUGGUGGAUGUAUUGUUAUAAAAGAGUGUAGUGCAGCUA